ACCGCCGGGUGGUACCUCCGCGUUCGACAGUCAGAGACCAUCUACCACCUACGGACAAUCACAACACAUAAUGUCACUUUUCAAGAUACUUACUACCCGUGCCGAUCAGAAGAAUAAAACUUGCCUAGGAAACACACGCAUUUGUGACGGAGAGUUCAUAAAAAAUUGUAAAAAUGCAAAUAAUCUAUAAACAUCGAAUCUUUUCGAAUAUCGACUAUAUAAUCGACAUCACUAGGAACACUGUUUGUCAACUUUUGAAGUUUGGACAUACUUUGACCUAUUGUGUUUUGACAGAGGACAGAAGCAUAACACCAGGAAAAAGUGAGCAAAAAGGGCGUUCACCGGUUCAACUUUUGUGGGACGUAUUGAUUUUAUCAAAUGCGUACGCAUCACGCAUCUACAUUCUACAAAGUUAGUCCUUUGCAAAAUGGUCUAGCUACCCGGUGUGCCCUUUGAGUAAUGUAGUUUUAGAUAAACUGCUUGGUAAUAUUAGAAAUUGCCUAUAUUUAGUGAAUACCAGCUUUAAUCACAUUGUUGUGGUCCAAUGACUCCCAUGAAAGAAGCUUCUCCACCAGUUUCGGCUAUGGCCACACCUACCAACAGCAGCGGAAAUCUUGUAGAUGAAUUCGAAGAAGCUUUCCAGCAUUGUUUAAAUGUUCUCACUAAAGAAGAAGCUGUCCCAACAUCAGACAAAGAUGAAAUCAAGGUGGAAGUAGAGCAAAACACCUUACGCUUCAUUGAUCUAGCUAGACAAAUGGAGGCCUUCUUCCUUCAAAAACGAUUUCUCUUGUCAGCUUUAAAGCCAGAAAUGAAUGUAAAAGAAGACAUUAGUGAACUCAGACUAGAAUUAGCUCGUAAGGAAGAACUUCUGAAAAGACAUUAUGAUAAGAUUGCUGUUUGGCAAAAUUUACUGGCAGAUCUGCAGAGUUAUUCAAAAAGCCCAGCUCAAGGAAGUGCUACACCAAGUGCAGGAUCAAUUCCUCCAUCACCAUUGCAGAAUAUUCCAGGGAACCAAACACCCAAUCAGAUGAUGCAAGGCAUGUCUCCAGCAAUGCAGCAGCAAUUGCAACAACAGCAGUUGCAACAACAACAGCAGAUGCAAAUGCAACAGUUGCAAAUGCAGCAACAACAAAUGCAACAAUUGCAGGUCGCCUCUGGUCUAAGCGGUGGUGCAGUCGGUCCUGGCAUGUUGUCACCACAACAAGCCAUGUUCAUGCAGCAACAAGGAAUGAGCACUUCAAGAAGCCCAUUUGGGCAACAGCCCCCAGGUGGAGUAUUGCAAGGGCCCCUGGCUUAUCUUGAGAAGACUACCAGUAACAUAGAUUUCGCAGGAAUGUCGGACGGUCGCAGGUGACGCGGGAGGGGCAGGGGUCGCGGCCGUGGCAGAGGAAGAGGCAGAGGCCGAGGCAGGACCACCACGCCUCCUGGGGGGCCCAUGCCCGACUACGUUGUGACUCCUUAAUCUCCCCAUUCCGUCGGCGGACACUGCUGGCUCCCACAGUCGAGCGACUGUUGCGCCUGCUGUCCACCGACAAACGAACAUCCAGAUGACUGUCUCCAAAAUACAGACGUUCACCAAGAUUGGUACUACAAUACUUAAUGCAAGGUUCUCACCAAAAGUAACCCGAUGGCAACCUGACUUCUGCCUCUGACUAAUAAUAAGAAGGCAGGCCAUAAAUAGGCUAUUUUGAUUCUUAAAAGCCCUGAUUGGAAGGAAGAUCAAAUAAGUAACGCAUUUUACAAAUAAAUCAAAUCUAGGAAGAUUAGUCAAUCAACAUAUGUAGUUUUUUUUGUAAAAAACGCCCUAUUAUACAUAACGAGUAUAUGUGCAAUAAAGGAUCUGCGGAAAGUAACACCUCAGCUUUUAUAACAAUCAGCCAUGAAACUCUUCUGUCGGUGUCAAAAACUGCCGCUAUUUCAGCGGAGAAAAACGAAUGUAAAUUCCCUUAGUUCAACGAUAAAGAGGUUUUAGUGCUUUGCAGUAGCCGCCGUUGCCGCGUACCCUGCCAGCGGCUGCAGAUAUUCUCUGCACUCGUAAAAAUUAUAAUAUUCCGAUAUUAUCUAGUGUAGUGUGUGUGAACCAAUAAUACAAAGAAGUAUGUUUAUCCCAAAAGAAGCGACGGAGUAUUGAUGACUACUUAUUUAUGGAAAAGCUUUAAAAUUAAUUUUUACUGGUGGAAGUAAAAAAACUAUUUGCUUCUGCCAGGCAUUCCUCGCUUCUACGAUAUUCUCAAUCCAUUGCAUUUUCAAUGUAAACAACGAACAUAUGUCUGUGUUGACAUGUAAGUUUUUUGAGUAUUUAAAAUAUGGGAACCGCUUACACAUUCAAAACUCGCCCUGCAUGUAGAAGCAUCCUAGCUGAGGAGUCAUCAGAAGUGUCAGGUUUGACUGCGUUGGAUGUCAUAUUGCUGGUGGUUUGGUCUCGUGUUUUUUCGCAACAAAGGCACCGAAAUUUUUCUGAUUCAGUGAAUGUUGUGUUUUCCUGGUAUUUUUAACUGAAUAUAUAUUGAAAAUGCGAUGGAUUGAAAAUAUCGCAACAGCAAAGAAUGCAUGGCAAAUAUUUCCGUUUUCUGUAAACAAUUGCACCUAUACAAAGUUAUUUGAAAAGCUUCUCCGUAAAUAAGUAGUCAUCAAUACUUCGCUGCUUUUUCUAGACAAACUACACUAGAUAAUAUCGUAAUAUUAUAAUUUUUACGUUUGCAAAGAAUAUCUGCAACAGCUGGCGGAGUAAGCGGCAACACCGGCUGCUGCUGGGCACUAAAACGUCUUUCUUACUAGGGGGGUACGACCGGAAGAUUACUGCCGUGCAAAACAAAAUGGGGGUUUCUGCAAUUUUCGGCAUAUUUGGUUCUCUAUCCGUUUGCAAAAAUUAUUGGCAGCAACAUACAAUAUUUCCUUAAAAUUUUUAUAUGAAGUAUGUGCACAAAUGAAUUCGAAGUUCACACUUUGGACGCCUUUUUCUCGGUUUCAUGUUAGCUGCAGAUACCCCCACUAAACUUGGCAUGGUAGAUUAGCUGAAGUGUUUUGAUGACUUGCACAUAUACUUUUAUCAAGUAGUGAGCAACAGCAAAUCGACCGGCGGUGACAAUGUUAGCAACCGUUAAGCAAGUGGUUGCAUUGCUAUCUUUUUGGUGCGAAUGAUUGUAUACGAAUGCAUGUGUCGAGCCGAGUUACCGUUGCUUUUGAUGAGAACAACCCUUAUUAGUCUUGAAGGCGAGAGCAGCAAUUCCAAUAUUAAUUACAUCACCUUUUGUUUGUCAAAUAACUCAACUACCUGAGCUAGGCAAACAUGUCUUUCGUUUGUUUAGUCAGGAAAUUUUGAUUGCAACUACACAUCAAAAGCUAAAUUAUGUCAUAAGACUAAGAUUUUUUUCUACUUGGCUGUAUGAUGGCGACUUUUAUCACACUUUGCGAUAUGGUUGUUGAUUUAGAAAUUUCAUGUUCUGGUCGUCUUCUGGAAAACUACUAACCUCAAACUGAUAGAUCAUCACCAAAAUUAAUAUUUAUAACAUGUUAAAUGAGAUAUGGCUGUUUUUAUUUUUUUCUAAAAUACCUAUGUCAAUCAAAUCCAUAUGCUCCUUCAGACAGAUCCACAAUCACUGGUAUUUUUUUUCAACACUAAAGCAAACUGGAAUUAAGCAUUUUAUAAGGUUGAUUCAUAAAACUUUUCCUUUGUAUUAUCAUUUUCAAUUUUUAUCCUUAAAUUUAGACGUGAGGAAAUUGACGUUCAUGAAAUCAUAAAUGGUAAUUUGAAUGUUGCUUAUUUUUUUAUUUCGACGUUCACAGAACACCAAAAUUUGUGAAUAUUGUCAUAAAAAAGAUUCGGUAAUAUUUGAGUCCAAACUGGACAAGAAAUGAAUACGUAUACAAUCAUAGAACCACAGAACGACAAGGGACCACAAAACCAGCAGAACUAUAAUACAAAGGGUACUAUAAAAGUUUUGCAAUAUAGCUUUAUUUAUUGAAUUCGUUCAAAGUAGUUUCCACAACAUUCAACACACUUCUCCAUCCGCCAAAACCAGUCUUUAAACCAGCUCUGCCAAGUUUCACCCGGGAGUGCGGCAUACUCGUCCCAAUCCCUCAGAAGGUCCUCAUCGCUAGAAAACCGUUUUCCUUUUAGCUUCAUUUUCACUUGCGGAAACAGUACAAAGUCGCAGGCAGCAAGAUCCGGACCGUAAGGAAGGUGCUCAAUAAGUUUCAGUCCAGUAGUGGUCAAAUACUCGGUGCAGGCUUUGGUGCGGUGAGCUGAAACGACGUCAUGGUGGAGGUACCAAGUGUCCAUUCUUGACUUUGGCCGCAGAUUUUUCAUAGACUCUUUUCUGCUCUUCCGUCAGACUAUGCGGUACCCAGAGAGAACAAAGUUUCCUUACAUGUAAAUGGUCAUGCAGAAUUGAAUGAAUUGCUGGUGCAUAAAGGUGUAAGGUCUCCUCUACCUGUUGGUAUGUCACUCUCCGGUCUACGUCAAGCACUUUUCUCACAGCAGUAAGUUUUUCCUCUGUUACUGACGUUCGCGGCCUUCCUUCCCCCUCAGCGUCCUCCAGAGUGAAAUUGCCCCUUCGGAAUUCUCUGUACCACCUGAAUAUAGUCGUACGAUGAGGACAAUCAUUUUUUUAAUGCAUGCGUCAUUUCUCCUAAGCACUGAUUUAUGCUUAAACCACGCGUAAAGUUAUAAUGUAAAACUGCCCUUAUCUCACUACGUGACCACAUGCCAUAGUCCGCACUUUAACUGUAAAUACGAAUGCACAAUUAAAUCAACAGACGUACUGCUGGCGGCUACUAUGUACUGAUGGACAUGUUUCAACAUGGCGUAACAUGCAGCCUCCUGCGUCCGCUUGUUAAGUCAUAUUGCAAAUCUUUUGUAAUACCCUUUGUAAAAGGCUCUUAUUGUAUAUCUUGCCACAUUGCAUAUAUAAAAAAUUCAAUUUAUCAAGAACACGGCUUAUUUAAUGCAUUUAUUUUUAUCGGUGAUCUAACAAAGCUUUCUUAUUUCGAUAACGGAAAAGGAAGGAUAUUUUGCGAAACUGUAGCAUUAACGUUUGUAAUAAGGAAAAAGUUGACCAACUGUUGUAGAUCAGUUUUACGAAGGUUAAAUACGAAAUUGUUUCAUGAAUGAACAUUAAUGUAAAAGCAAACGAAACGUUUCUGGAACCAGCCUAUAAUACUUAUUCUCCUUACCUUCAAUUUUUUACAGUCUAAAUGUGGAAAACUAUUUCCUAUGAUACAUCUUUCUCAAACUAGUAUUAUUGGAUAAAAUAAAGAAUUGAAGCUAUUUCAUAAAUGGAUAUCUGAUUUUAUAAUUUCAUCCCAUUUUACAUCAUAGUUUUGGUCUUGCAAUUUUUGUGGUCUAGCAAGUUCAAAAAUGAAAAUAAUUUUUAAUGUACUUUUAGCCUGUAGUAUUUUAGAGAUAAACGGCUUUUCUAAAAAAAAGGAUAUUGAAGCAUUUCUACCAUAAUAUCAUAUUACAAAAAUUCCACACAGUCGAGGGCAAGUAACUUUUGCGCGCAUUAUAUCUGCUUGGUUUUGGAUGAAGCAAUAAUUGGACUAUAGUUUUAUUGCGUAAGAAAAGGAAGAAAGAUUGGCAUUUAAGUUAUGUUGCCGAGAUGGCCGUUCGGGUUUUUAAAAAACUUUAUUUUUACUUUUACAAGACAAUACAAUAUACUUGAUAUAUUUUAUAAUGGAUAAAUGUACAAUACGGCGAACAAAACGAGUAAUGUUAUGGAAAGCAUCAAGAACCUCUAUUUAUCACCUCGGCUUGGAUGCUUUCCUCAGCAUUUUCUUCUUCCACGUGCAUCCUUUCCUGCAUCAUAACUCCUCCCCACCUAGUCUGAAAACUGAAUAGGAGCGUUUUCUGUUUUCAGUAGGUUUUGUUCUUGUUGCAUCUUUCUUGGGCCUUUCUUCACUGGAUUCGGGAUUUUCUUCAUCUUUCUUGUCUUGGAGUAGGUCAUUUUUCUUCUGGAUUUGUUUUUUCCAAAUAUACCAAAAGAUUACUGCUACUGUAACAAGCAGAAAAAUAGUAAAAACUGAGCUGCUAGAAAACCAAAUUAAGGGAUCAAUAGCGGCUUCUUCUUGCAUUUGAAGAAAAUUUGCUUUCUCUUGCAUUUCCUUAAUCUUGCUGAGGUCAAUAGUCUUGAGGAUUAAAGCUUUCUUGGAUACGAAGUUCGAUCUUGCAUUCCAAAACUUUAUUUCUGGAAGGACCAAAGGGUUUCCUUUGACUUGAUCCUCUUUGUUCCAAAACUUGGAUGAGUUGAUUUGUAUUCCACAAUUUUCGGGUAUUUCGACUAAACUUGGCGUUUCUAAAAUAAGUGGUUGUUGAGUACCACACAACUUGACUGCUGUAAUCGGCUGAUGAGCGGGUAUGACCAAAAUGUGUUUUGCUGAUAUUGCUUCAACAAUAGGACUGGAUACUUGUAACCUUGUGAAUUGGCAUUUUGAAAAUUCGGCUUUCUUCAGUAACUCGUUUAGACAACCUUGAAUGGGUUCUUGUCGAUUCUUGCAGAAGUAGACGUGUUCAAUUUCUGGACAUUCUUCUUCUUCAAAUUGUUGAUGACUUGUUCCAAGACCCAAAAAGGGAUGGGUUGGAAUAAUGGUUGAAUUUCUAAUUGGAACUGGGUAUAGACGGAAAAAUUGGAAUUUUUCAUCAGAUAAUAUAGGAAAUCUUAUAGAAAACAAGAUUUUAUUAUCAGUAAAUGUAAUUUGUGGAUCAGCUACUAAAUAGUAUGAUUGUAAAUUUUGAAAGUUUGGUACUUUCUUUUUACCAUAUAAUUUUACUAAAUACUUUAUGUUUUUCUCUAAGUCUGAAACUGAUAUGAUAGAACUAUGUAAAGUGUUCAAUUUUGAAAACAUUAUAGCGUCCUCCAAAAAUUGUCUAAAAAUGUAAUCAAAUUUUGACAAUUUAGAUUAAGUUGCUGUAAAAUAUUUUCAGCGUGAAGAUAAGCUGUCAAGCUUCCUACAGUUCCAUUCAUCGCAUUUUGCAGAUGAUACAAUUUCGUUUUGAUCUGUACCUGAUUAGAGCUUAAUAAUGAAAUUGUAGAAUUGUAAUUAUCUAUCAAUUCUUUAGUUAGUGAGGUCUGAAGUUUUAGUUGACUAUGCACAGAAUUUGCGUUCUUUUGUAAUUUAUGAAGUGCAUUAUUAAUUUUGAUUUCGUCAUCUGAGUCCAUUGUACCGAAAAGAAACUUUGAAGUUUUUCCUACGAGAUUAAUCAAUCCUCGUUUCUGACGAAUACGUGGAACAAUGUUAUCUAAUUUUUUCGUAGCUUCUUGUAUCAAAAAUUUCGUAUGCUUAAGGAGAUUUGAUAAUCCAAAGUGCAAGUCUGAAUGAUCAGCAUUUAAAGGCUUGAGAGAAUUUUUUUUUAGUUUUUCGUAAUAAUUUUGGAUAUUCGUAAUCUGUCUUGUUAUUGAAGUAGUUUCUACAAAGUGAAUAAAAGUAUGAUACGAUUCUAUAAUACUAGCGUUACCUAGCGAAUAAGGGAAAAGCGGGGCUUUUAAGGGUGUGACAACUGCGUCAUUGUUGGCUUUGGUUGUCGCGACUAGUAGAAGGGAUAGAAUGACUAUCGGAACCUUCUUGAUUUCCAGAUUCAUGAUCCUGCGGAAAAGAAGAAUAAGCUUUAGGUUUUUGAAUUUGAGAUUUGUGUACUAAACCUUUGCGUUUAUUGAUAGUCCGUACUUUUGUACCUAAAUCUUUCUUAACUUCAGUUUUUGUGAAUCUUGGUUUUCAUUUACUCCAAGAAGCGGUUUUAUCUUUGACAUAUGCUUUCGACCCUUGGGGAAAUUUGGAUGGAUCUUCUCUAGUUUUAUUACGCUUUUCUAUAAUAUUCUUUUUAUGAGCGUCUGUUGCUUGGCGUAUAUUGUUGUAAAUGAAUUUUAGUCUUUCACGUCUAUCAUCAAUGAAUUGGCUAACAAUGAUUUCAUCUGAUAGGUCAAAUGGAUCUAGGACAUCUAAGCGGCCAUUUAUAAGGUCGAAUGGUCGUUGUUUUGUAACACUGUGAAUUGACGUGUUAUAUGCCAAAAUUGCAUUUUGCAUUAGUUCUUUUGGGCAUAAUUUUGGAAAUUUAAUUUUUAGAAUUCUUAAGAGUUCUAGCAGGGUUGAAUGUAAUCGUUCUAUGGGACUGUUGCUAUUCGAAUUACAUGGUGUAGUAAAGUGAAGCUGGAUUUUUUGUAAUUUACAAAAUUCAGUAAAUAAGGAAUUAUUGAAUUCUCUUCCGUUAUCAGUAGUAACUGAUUGAGGAAUGCCGUGAUGAUUCACAAAUAUCAAAAUAUUUUCAUACACUGUUGUGGCUGUACAAACUGGAUCUAAAUGAUAGGCUUGUGCAUAUUUUGAAAAUGAAUCAAUAACAGUAAGAAAUUUUGUGUUAGAAAAUUGGAAAGUGUCCAUAUGUAAGACUUCUAGGGGUUGCUUUGGCGUUGGUGUAAGUGAAAAUUUUAUUUUUGGUGGAUGUCUGUCAUACUUUGCUACUUGACAUAACUCACAAUUAUUUAUGUAUUCUGUUACCAUUUUUUGCAUAUUCUUCCAGUAGUAUAGUUUUUUAAGGGAAAGUAACGUUUCGUUAAUUCCUCUGUGACAAGUCUUUGUUUCAUGAUGAUGAGAGAUUAAUUCUUUUUGUCUGUCUUUGUCUGAAAUAUCUCUAACAAGCUGAUUGGAAAAAUAAAGUUUAUAUGCGUGGUUUUUGAAAUACAAUGGUAGUAUUUUGCUAAUCUGGAUAUUUAAAUCUUCAAUUUCUGAACCUUUGACAAAAAUACAAUAUACUUUGUUUGGAUCAACAUAGUCUUUGAAAAACCUUAUGAUUUCUUCCUCUAUGUUAUCGCUAAGCUGUAACUGUAUUUUAUUAACAUUUUCGAAGGGCUUAGUCCUUACAAUAUGAUAUCGAUAGGAUGAUUUCUGUUCUAUAAUUAUCUGAUUAGAAAAUUUGUUAGUAAUAUAUUCAGUGAAGGGUAUCUCUAACAUGGGAUUUUCUACUGCUACUGCUACUUCUACAAUUUGGAUAUCUGAAAUUAUUUGUAUUUUGUUAGAGUUAUCAGGAACUUCAGGGAUGAGAAAUUCCUCUAGUUCUUGUAAGUCUUCAAUAUUUAUUUCGGGGUUAUCAUCGU